UCACACCCCCCCUAAAUGUGUCAUCGUGUAAUUAAAGCACUGGUUUACGUGUUCUACCUCUACAGGAUGGAAUAUAUCAGACCUACUCAAAUGUUUAUCAUUUUGAUAUUGUCUCAUUCUCUUAUUGAAUUAAUAAGACUGACAUGAGGGCACUCCCUAUCACAACUAUCGGUUAAAGAAAAUUCUUCAUUCUUUCAAGUGGCAGUCUUAUGUGUUAAAGCAAAAGAUUGUAAAUUUUAUACCCUUUAUAUUAGGACUGGCAAAUUUUGGCAUCAGUAUAUACAUUACCACCAUUCAUGAACAGAACCAACAUGAUGCAUAUUGAAAUUGAGUAUUGGUUUCCCGUGAACUUGUGUGAAUAACAUUAAGGGUCAAUGUGACAAAAUAUAAAAACUAUCAUACAAUUUGUUAUUUGUUAAAUUAUGUGGUGAACUACUUGUGGACUAUAUCCUGUUUCAGCACUGAUGACACUACAGUGUUUUAACACAGAUGCACUAUUUUAAAGCAAUAGACAUUUAUUAUGAAAAUGUCAGCAAUUCUUUUAACUCCAGGGAAAUGCAUUGGAUUAGAGAAAAAAUACAUGAAGAUACAGAGUAUAUGUCCAUGUGGAAAACAAAUUUUCUUUAAACAAUAAAAAGGUGGUAGGUGAGGAACAAGCUUCUCAUCUUGGCAGAGCACAAGGGAUAGACACAAGAUUGGACAAAUGCUGAAAAUAUACUAGUGCAGCAAGCCCUCCCCCCAUGUGGAUUAUUUUCUUUACCUCAUUAACACUUCCAUUUUUUUGCACGACUCUGCAUUUGGGAUGUAAAUAAGUUAAAAGCAAGAUAACACCAAACAUGUGAAAAGGAGAGAAAGUUGACCCUGAGGGAUGUCUUUCACCAGGAGCGGAUAAGAGGCAUUGGAUAUAGAGAUGUAUGGAAACAACUUUAUUUGCAGUACCAUCCCUAAACCAAUUCCUGAAGUUUAUUCCUAAACUUUGCUUUACAUUUCGCUAUACAUUUCCAAAGCGCCGUGCAGCCAUUCAAUGCUGAUUCCUGCCUGCGCUGUGUCAGAUAAGCCGAUAACUACCCUGAUGAGAUAGAUGAGCCAAUGCUCCGAAGUACAAACAUUUUCCCAGUGACUGGCAGGCCGGGGAGUCACGUUUGGAAAAGACGUUCGGCUUUGCAGUGGAUGAGGACUGGAACCCAGGGGCUCUGUAGUCUCCUUUGUAAGAGGGCAAGGGAGGGGACGUCAGUGUAAAUCCAUCCCCCUUCCUCUCCGUGUGAGUGAGAGUCUCUGCGCGCAGCUCUGCCUCCCAGCCACCCUCCCACGCCUCCUGCGAGGUGCAGCCGCUCUACAUAAACACAGCCUCGCUGCUAGCGCCGGGGACUUGCCUCUCAGCCUGACCCAGGAAGAGGAGGCGCGCCUAGCGGACACGGGAGCGGGGAAAUAAGCUAGGCGUGGGGGAGCCGCGCCCGCAGGGAGGGAGGCGGCCAGGGGCUGUGCCGGAGCGGAGGACUGCGAAAGGGGCCGAGAGGCGGCGGCCCUUCCCACGGCCGGCGGGGCGGGAGGAGAGGCGACUGCCCCCCGCCACCCGCCGGAGUAAGGGCAGGCGGCGGGCUCGCUCCGGGAUGGCGCUGGCGGACAGCGCCCGGGGGUUGCCGAACGGGGGCGGCGUGUCCCCGGCGGCGGGGCCGGGCUCGGGGGCGGCGGCGGCGGGCUCGUCCGCCUUCCCGGAGAUCGUGGAGCUGAACGUGGGCGGGCAGGUGUAUGUGACACGGCGCGGCACGGUGGUGUCGGUGCGGGACUCGCUGCUCUGGCGCAUGUUCUCGCAGCAGCAGCCCGGCGAGCUGCCCCGGGACAGCAAAGGCCGCUUCUUCCUCGACCGCGACGGCUUCCUCUUCCGCUACAUCCUGGACUACCUGCGGGACCUGCAGCUGGUGCUGCCCGAGCACUUCCCCGAGCGCAGCCGCCUGCAGCGGGAGGCCGAGUACUUCCAGCUGCCCGAGCUGGCCCGCCGCCUGGCGCAGGGGCGAGGGGUGGCCGCCGGGGGAACGCGCCCCGCCGCCCUGCACCGCGACGGCUCCCUCUGCGCCGACGAGCCCCCGCCCUUGCUCGGCUACCUGGAGGCGGAGCCGCCCGAGGGCGGGGUCGCCGCCUCGGCCCCGUCGCCCACCUCCAGCCGCAGCCCCUCCGGGGGCCCGCUGCUCACCCCGUCGCAGUCGCUGGACGGCGGGGCGGGGCGGCGCUCGGGCUACAUCACCAUCGGCUACCGCGGCUCCUACACCAUCGGGCGGGAGGCGCAGGCCGACGCCAAGUUCCGGCGGGGGGCGCGCAUCACCGUGUGCGGCAAGACGGCGCUGGCCAAGGAGGUGUUCGGGGAGACGCUGAACGAGAGCCGCGACCCCGACCGCCCCCCCGAGCGCUACACCGCCCGCUACUACCUCAAGUUCAACUUCCUGGAGCAGGCCUUCGACCGCCUCUCCGAGGCCGGCUUCCGCAUGGCCGCCUGGUCCUCCACCGGCACCUGCGCCUUCGCCCCCGAGCAGGGCGGCCCCGCCGACGACAAGAUCUGGACCAGCUACACCGAGUACGUGUUCUGCAGGGACUGAGCCGGCUGGCAGCAGCGGGGCAGGCCGCCCCGUGCGCCCUCAGCCCGCUCCCGUCCACCUCCCCCUCCAUCCUCCCAGCCACACCCCAAGAGAUGCUGGAGGCGCUGCUUCCUUCAGGCCCAGGGCAUGAGGGGAGUUGCCUCUCCCUCGCUCCCAGAGGCUCUCUUCCCACCAACUAGGCAACCUGCCCCUCUGAAGAGGUGUAUGUAUGUGUGUGUGAGGGAUAGAUAACUGUUUUUUCUUGUCCCAUGCGCAUGCUUUCACUUCUCCUCCGUUUCCCUGCCCAGAUUUAAAAUUGCCCACCCAAAUGCAAUAUGGUGCACGGGACAGCUGUCUAUGAUGUGUUGCCCUCUUGCCCCUGAUUUUCCUCCAGGAACAGUGUGUGGGGUGAUGCUGGUAGCGAUGACUGGCCCUCCAAGACCAAUUACUCUCCUAUCCCUUCCUACUCCAUCUCCUAUCUUUCCUAAAAGUUCUGAACUUUAAAGAUCUUGAACUGGAUCAAGUGUGUGUGGCUGGGGAAGAAGGCUGAUGGCCAGGGACAACUACCAAACCAAGUACUCUGGUUUACCAACCAAUUGAACUGUUAAAUCCAUUUGGAAGAACAAUGGCUAUCUUCACUAGAUAUAAAGUAACAUUUUAUUGAAAACGUACAGUGCUUGUGAAUCAUAACUUUCAUAGGUGGUGUAAAAUCCUUAGUGUCAGCAUAUACAGGAACUACAUAAAAAUCCAUUGCACGUUCCUUACAUGCCUUUAAAGUGGAUUGGUGUGACAUAAGCCAGGCUGGUCAGAGAGGAGAUAAGAGUGCCUGCUUCCUAUGAAAGUGAGAUUUUUAGCUGUUGAAGUAAUACAAGUUUAUAAAUCCAAGUAAAAAGGAGUCCUGCUUGUUACUUCAAGUGUUGCCACUUUAGCACUAUAUAAUUGUUGAAGCUAACUGAAAUGCUUCCUCAAAUGGCUUUAACAAAAUAAAUGCUGAUUUUUAGUUUUUGUAGCCGUAUUAUUAGAAAAAUCACACUAAGUAACACUUCCUAGGCAUAAGUACUUUAUCAAAAACAGGUAGAGAACUAAACACAGCCCCAACAAAACAGGAGCAACGAUCACUUGCUUCAAUGGGAGUUAUUCUCCCUACAAUAGUGCUGAACUUGGUCUGUAUAAUCUAGCAAAUUUAGAACAGUUUCUCUUCCAGAGGAAGCAACCAUAGCUUCAUGUGGAAGAAUAACAUAUUGUAUAAGCACAAGCGUUUGUAAUAAAUGAUGAUUUAGCAGUCCUUUCUAAUGAGCGGCUAAGGAUCUGACUACAAAUGCAGUUUGCACUUCUUGAAUUUUUUUAAAACAUGAGUUAUCUAUUCAAGCUUCAAUAAAAGAAAAUGACACCUUAACCAUCCUAAAAGUUCAAGGACUUAAUGAUGCAUAGUGAAGUUACAAAGGUAAAACUGCAGUUUAACUGAUUGUUCCUGACUCUUGUAUUUAAUUACUAGCACUUACAAUCUAACCAAAGAGUUUCACAUUGGGGUUUCAUUUUAAAAUCUCACUUCCUUUUUAUAAAGCGAUAGCUUCAGAUAAUAUGAAACCUUUUUUAUUUAAGUAGCUUCAAAUAAUUAUGAAGCCUUUUUAGUUAAGUAAUAUUCACCAAUUCGAGUUUCAGUGCUUUUUCUCUCUUUUCACCACUUACUCUUGAACUAAAGGCAAGUAAGACUGCAAAUUAUUUUCAGUGUUAUUUUCAUAGUUUUUUAUACAUUAAGGUAGAGUUAACCCAUGUAAUUAAGCUGAAAAUAUACAUGAGAGCAAGUGGCAUUAUCCAGUUGUAGAUAAUUGUAAAAUGAAAUAUUUUUAAAAGUGAAAUAUAAAUUUCAAAUUAGAUGAGCAAUAAUAAGAAAGCAGUGGAAGGCCAGUGCACCAGAAAACAGAAUGAAAGCUGGUUAUCCUAAGCCUUAUUCUAAGAUCAUUUCUUUGUGUAAACCUUAUCUAUACCACAAGUGAAAGGUUAUUGAUCACAGCUACUAAGUAUUUACAGUGUCAUUCCUAAGUUAAUGACUAUCUUUUUCUAGUUUCUGUUCAGUAACUUUCUCUGAAGUAUGUUUUUUAAAACUUUGUAUAAAAAAGAUUUUCAGUAAGUGUUUAAAUUAGCUCCAGCUAGGUUUUUUUUUAAACAACCUUGUACUUUGGCUUAAGUCCAUCAUAGGAGUUAUGAAUGGAGGACCAUUAAAUUGAAUUUGUGAUUUAGUGUAUAUACACUAUAUAAACAUUUUACACGAAUCAUCUAGUUUUUUAUUCAUUUUAGUGCAACGAAAUUUCAUAAAUUAUAUCUAGCCUGAACACUUGCAUAUUGCUCUGUAUAUAAUAUGGUAAUAUUUUGAUCCAUUUCUAAUACCUGUUUCUAUGGGGAAAAAACUGAGUAUGGAUAUCAACAUGACUGUAGGACUAAGUUUGUCUACACUUACUUGCUUAAAUGUGAAUUAUAACUAAACUUCUUGUUGGCUAGAUGCCCCCCCUAAAAUGAAGAUACCUGUAUUUUGAUCAAUAAAUGUCUAUUUGCUAGCAGAUGACCCAGAAGAUCCUAUGUUUAUUAAAAAAAAAAAAAGAAUGGGUAUAAUAAAAUCAACACAAGUAUUAAUUUUUUUCUAAACUUUGUGUUUGUGAUAUUAAAGACUACGCAGUGACUGGUAAUGAUACGGAACCUUUGACUUAUAGGGCACUGAUUCUAAUCUGAACUCAGGUUGGUGGAUGUGUCCUAAAAUAAUUAGCUGUUUGAUAGCUACCAUAGCUAUUGUUAGUCUAUGUAAAAAUGAGUUGGUAGUUGCAGACAAAUUGCUAAUGAGCAGCCUUUCACUGGACAAGUUAGUGAGUCUUGAUGUCUCUCUCAGAGCUUAAGGAGUGAGUGGAUGUGGUUGCCUUUAGAGGCAGUCCCUCUCCAGGUUAAUGUGGAGGCAUGCUAAUGGAGCACUGUACAUAUUUCUGGAAUUACUGUUGCUCACACUUUGCCUGUUCUAUGAAUAAAUACAAGUCUGAUACUAUUAAUGAGCACUAACUUUUUUUUAAGGCAGUUUCUUUUAAUUAGAAAUGAAGGCACAGGUAUCCUACUUUUAUCAGUCGUGUGUCAUAUAUGGUAUCUCUUUAUAACAAAUGUUUGAUAGGAUGUUUAUAUUUUUGUACAUGUAGAUAAUUAGCCAUAUAUUCAUCCUUUUUCACAUUGUAUAGUGAUGGCAACAGACGUCAUCCUAGGAAGAUGUUACAGACCAAAUUAAAUUCUUGUUCUUUUGAUA